AUGGACCGAUCGGUCCAAGCGGACCGAUCCCAACCAUCAGCCUCCACUCCAAUAGAAGGGUUGCUGGACCCUACCCCAUCGGCACCAACACCAGGAACUUCAGCCAUGACCAAACCAGUCGCGGCUAGGACCAGAGCAAAAACAGAGCAGCCUUCCUUGGUGGCCCCCUUGAGACAGGUGGAUCAACUAGCAAUCAACCCCAAGAACCCGUCUGAGUCAGUCACGCUGUCCCUGUUCCAACGUGUACCCUUUACCUCUUCAGACCUACUGAAUUGGAAACUUCAUUACGGCCCAUUUAGUGAAAAACCUACGGAAGUGGCAGAUUUAGUGAAAACCAUAGUGGAUGCCCACAACCCCAAUUGGCUGGAUAUGCAACAACUCUUGGGGACAUUAUUCAGCCCUGAGGAAAGGGAGAAGAUUAGGAAUGCAGUGACCGAAAUACUGAAGCCCGAUGUUACACCGUAUCAUUCCAUGGAGGACCUUCUGAGAGAGAAAUAUCCCUCUAGUAAUCCAGAUUUGGAUAUGUAUAGGGAUGACGGAAAAGAACGGCUGAGAGACUAUCAGUCCCUUGUGGUGCGAGCCAUUCGCCUCGCAGGGAAGCCUGUUAUUAAUAUGUCAAAGCCCUCUUUAGUAUUACAAGAGCCCACUGAAAGUCCGGAAGCAUUUUACACCCGUCUCAUAGAUGCCUAUCGCAUGUACACCCCCAUAGACCCCUCAGCCCCCGAGAAUGCUAGGAUGCUGACAAUGGCAUUCAUCUCCCAGAGUGCUCUGGAUAUAAGACGUAAAUUACACCGACUCGAAGACGCCUUGGGAAAGCCCAUGAGUGAACUGAUGGAGGUGGCCCAUAAGGUCUUUGCAAACAGGGAUAAGGAAGAGGAUAGGAAGAAGGAUCAGAAGAUGCAGCGCAAGGCUGAGCUAAUGGCAGCAGCCAUGAUGUGGGCACCAAGAGGACGGCCUAACCCACCAUGUGGCGCGGGGCCCGGCAUGCAAAGGGGCAGGGGUAAUAGUCAGCAAAGAGGGGGUAGAUGGGAACUUGGUCCUAACCAGUGUGCCUUUUGUAAAAAACAAGGACACUGGAAAGGAGAGUGCCCUGAGCGUAAUGGAGGGCAGGGGCCCGGAGACAGGGAAGGUAGAAGAAUGGGAUUGAGGCCGACCGGGUCAGAAAGCCUCCCUGAACCUAUGGUCAGGCUAAAUGUUGGAGGCAAACCAGUCACUUUUUUAGUAGAUACAGGGGCCACCCGAUCAGUUCUGACUCAACCCCUGGCCCAGGCAUCCCAUGAAACCAUUAAUAUACAGGGGGCAACGGGAAACACACUGCAGCGUCCCUUUCUGGAACCCCUCGAGUGUACCUUAAAGGGACAAGCCAUAACGCACCAGUUCGUCUACAUGCCUGAUUGCCCUGUCCCGUUGUUGGGGAGGGACCUACUCUGUAAGAUGCGGGCACAGUUAUCCUUUAAUGAAGAUGGCUCCAUGAAUUUGGGGUAUGGAAAGGUAACCCUGUCUGUGCCUCUGGAAGAAUCCUGGUGGCUAAUGGUGGCUAGAGAUCUCGGGUGUGCUGACGAGGAGAAAUGGAGACAGUUUGAAGUUCCUCAUUUGUGGGCAGAAGAUAACCCCCCCGGCUUUGCGGCACACCAUCUGCCUAUCUUAAUUGAGGAAGUGCCGAUGAAGGCGCCUGUGAGAAUCCGACAAAGGGCGUACCCCCGCCACAUCAUGCAAGCUAUCCAGGACAUUAUUGACUUAUAUUUGGAGCAUCAUAUCCUGGUACCCACCGAGUCGCCCUGGAACACCCCCAUAUUGCCCAUCCUGAAGGGGGAUGGUCAUUUUCAUCCUGUUCAGGAUUUGAGGCCCGUCAAUCUAGCCACAGUGACCAUCCAUCCAGUGGUCCCUAACCCAUAUGUUAUAUUGGGCCUCAUUCCUCAGGCUGCCCAGUGGUUUUCUGUCAUAGAUUUGAAGGAUGCCUUCUUUACUAUACCCAUACACGAAAACAGCCAGUACUUGUUUGCCUUUGAGUGGGAAAACCCCAAUAUGGGUCGAAAGCAGCAGUACACCUGGACUAGGUUGCCCCAAGGGUUUAAAAACUCACCAACUCUCUUUGGGGCAGCUCUUGCCAAGGAUUUAGAGGCUUUACACAUACUGGCCCCGGAUGUAGUGUUGCAGUAUGUGGAUGAUUUGUUGAUGACAGGGCACACCGAAGACACUUGCUGAAACAACACGAGCGAACUGCUCUCACUCUUACAGAGUCUAGGCUACAAGGCCUCUAGAAAGAAAGCACAAUUAGUCCUACCCAAAAUCAGAUAUUUGGGCUAUGAUAUUGAGCAAGGGAAGAGGACUUUGGGCCAUGAACGGAAGGAGGCUAUAUGCCAACUCCCUGUACCGACAAACAGGAGAGAAUUGCGAGGCUUUCUGGGAGCAGCUGGCUUUUGCCGUAUCUGGAUUCCUAAUUUUAGCCUCAUCGCAAAGCCUCUGUAUGAGGCCACCCCAUGGAAUAAGGUUGAGGAGGCUAGCUUCCAGUCCCUCAAACAAGCCCUAUUGCAGGCCCCUAGCCUAGGUCUCCUGGAUCUGGAAAAACCAUUUCAGUUGUUUGUUGACACUAAGCAAAAUGUUGCUGUGGGAGUCCUCACCCAGAUUAUUGGCACAUGGCACCGCCCUGUAGCGUAUCUUUCUAAACAGCUUGAUAACGUAGCCAAGGGGUGGCCGACUUGCCUUAAGGCGGUGGCUGGGACUGCUAUCUUGACCCAGGAAGCCACCAAGUUGACCUUUGGGCAGCAUCUGGAUAUCUAUACCCCCCAUGCUCUUAAGUCGGUCUUGGAAAUGAAGGGCCACUUGUGGUUAACUAAUCCCCGGAUGCUUAAAUAUCAGGGGCUUCUUACCCAUAACCCAAUGAUUACUCUAACCCAAUCUACCUCAUUAAACCCUGCCACAUUAUUACCUGAACCUAACACAGAACUUGUGCACAAUUGUGUCCAGACUAUUGAGGAGACAUAUGCGAGUCGUCCCAACAUGAAAGAUAUACCCCUCUGUUGG